CUUGUAUUUAGCUAGAACAAAAAAACGGUCUGAGAGUCCAGCUGAGUUCCAUCAUGAGGUUUUUAUUUUAAAUGAAAGUUUCUCUGUUUCAGUUUUAUAAAAAAAAGGUACCGUGUGAAUGGACAAUAUGGUCGGGAGCGGUACAGAGUGGAGAAACGUCAGCCACACCCCGCAAAAGAGCUAACGGUGACGUUAGCUUGAUAGUACACAAAGCUAAACUAGCAAGUUAGCUCCGGCUAGUCACCCGGGAAGAGGCACCUUGGCCGGCUGGUCAUUUCUGUUCGAGGCCGCUGAAGUUCCAAGUUUUGUCUAGAAACCGUUCUUUUUUUUGUGCCGCUCUGACGUCGGUAGGGAUAUCGGUGAAAUGGACCGGACAUCGCGCUGAGGAAACCCGAGGCUCGCUAGCUCAUCUGCUGCUAACGGCUGUUUUUCGUUAACCACGGCCCUGGCCAUGCCCUCAAGUGCACGGGCAGGCAAUCUGAAAGACCCAGAGGUGGCAGAUCUUUUCUGCAAAGACGAUCCAGAGAAGCUGUUUGCUGACCUCCGUGAAAUCGGUCAUGGGAGCUUUGGAGCGGUUUACUUUGCACGUGAUGUGCGUAACAAUGAGGUGGUGGCCAUCAAGAAAAUGUCCUAUAGUGGCAAGCAGACAAAUGAGAAAUGGCAGGACAUCAUUAAAGAAGUGAAAUUCUUGCAAAAGCUGCAUCACCCUAACACCAUCGAGUACCAAGGAUGCUACCUGAAAGAACACACAGCGUGGCUGGUGAUGGAGUACUGCCUCGGCUCAGCCUCAGACCUGCUUGAAGUUCACAAGAAACCACUCCAGGAAGUGGAAAUAGCUGCUAUUACCCAUGGUGCUCUGCAGGGAUUGGCAUAUCUUCACUCUCACAAUAUGAUUCACAGGGAUGUAAAAGCAGGAAACAUCCUGCUAACAGAGCCCGGUCAGGUCAAGCUCGGGGACUUUGGUUCUGCCUCCAUAGUGGCACCUGCCAAUUCCUUUGUGGGGACUCCCUAUUGGAUGGCUCCUGAGGUGAUCUUGGCCAUGGAUGAGGGUCAAUAUGACGGCAAGGUGGAUGUCUGGUCCCUGGGUAUCACCUGCAUAGAGCUGGCGGAGAGGAAGCCGCCGCUGUUCAACAUGAACGCAAUGAGUGCCUUAUAUCACAUCGCUCAGAAUGAAAGUCCCAUCCUUCAGUCCAAUCACUGGUCCGAUUCUUUCCGUAACUUUGUUGACUCAUGCCUACAGAAGAUUCCCCAAGACCGGCCUACCUCGGACGUGCUGCUUAAUCAUCGUUUUUUGUGCCGUGAGCGUCCACUGACUGUGAUCAUGGACCUGAUUGCUCGCACCAAGGACGCAGUACGAGAGCUGGACAACCUACAGUAUCGCAAGAUGAAGAAGAUCCUCUUCCAGGAGACCCAGCAGAACGGCCCUGUGUCUGAGGGAGGAGAGGAUGAGGAGGAAGUGGAGCCAUAUCUGCUGCAGACCGGAACGGUCAACAGCAUGGAGAGUUCCCAGUCGGUGCCCAGUAUGUCCAUCUCAGCCAGUUCUCAGAGCAGUUCAGUCAACAGCCUAGCCGACGCCUCUGACGACAGCAGCACAGAGAUGGCCAUGAUGCAGGAGGGGGAGCACACAGUCACCUCCAACAGCUCCAUCAUCCACCGGCCCACGGGUCAGGACAACAUCUACGAUGACCCCUACCAGCCAGAGAUGGACCAGUCUCAAGCUCCUUCUGCUGGCCGUCGACGAGCCUACUAUCGCAACCGUGACCACUUUGCCACCAUAAGAACCGCUUCCUUGGUGACGCGUCAGAUCCAGGAACACGAGCAGGGUUCAGCACUGCGAGAGCAGAUGUCCGGAUACAAACGCAUGAGGCGGCAGCACCAGAAGCAGCUGAUGGGUCUGGAGAACAAGCUGAAGGCGGAAAUGGAUGAACACCAGCUGAAGCUUGAUAAGGAGCUGGAGAACCAGAGGAACAACUUCUCCACUGAGGCAGACAAGUUAGCCAAGAAGCACCAGACCAUCCUGGAUAAAGAGUUGAAAGCUGCUCUCGCAGAGGAGAAGAAGUUCCAGCAGCAUAUUUUGGGCCUGCAGAAGAAAGAACUGACCAGUUUACUGGAAUCACAGAAGCGACAGUAUCGCCAGCGCAAAGAACAGCUCAAAGAGGAGCUGAGCGAGAACCAGUCGACGCCGAAGCGUGAGAAGCAAGAGUGGUUAAUCCAUCAGAAGGAGUGUCUGCAGCAGUUGCAGGCAGAGGAGGAGUCCAGCCUCCUGCGGCGGCAGCGGCAGUACUACGAGCUGCAGUGCCGCCAGUACAAGAGGAAGAUGCUGCUGGCUCGCCACAAUCUGGAGCAGGAUCUGCUCAGAGAGGAUCUGAAUAAGAAGCAACAGAAGGAUCUGGAGUGUGCCAUGCUCCUGCGGCACCAUGAGUCCACCCAGGAGCUGGAAUUCAGGCAGCUGAGUUCUGUGCAGAGAACCCGUGUUGACUUAAUCCGGACGCAGCAUCAGACCGAGCUGACCAACCAGAUGGAGUACAAUAAGCGACGUGAACAAGAACUGCGGCAGAAACACGCCAUGGAGGUCCGACAGCAGCCCAAGAGUCUCAAGUCCAAAGAGCUGCAGAUCAAGCGUCAAUUCCAGGAGACCUGUAAGAUCCAAACGCAGUACAAAGCACUUCGGAACCACUUGCUGGAGAGCACGCCGAAAUCUGACCACAAGGUGGUCCUCAAACGCCUCAAAGAGGAGCAAACCCGUAAGCUGGCCAUCCUGGCCGAGCAGUACGACCACUCCGUCAACGACAUGCUGUCCACACAGGCUCUGCGACUGGAUGAAACUCAGGAGGCCGAGUACCAAGUGCUACGGAUGCAGCUUCAGCAGGAGCUGGAGCUUCUGAAUGCUUACCAGAGUAAGAUCAAGAUACACACGGACACACAACAUGAACGUGAGGUGAAGGACCUGGAGCAGAGGGUGUCCAUUCGUAGAGCACUGCUGGAACAAAGGAUUGAGGAGGAGAUGCUCUCUCUGCAGAACGAACGCUCGGAGCGAAUCCGGACUUUGCUCGAGCGCCAGGCUCAUGAGAUCGAAGCCUUUGACUCAGAGAGCAUGCGGCUUGGCUUCAGUAACAUGGCGCUAACCGGCAUCCCAGCUGAGGCUUUUAACCAGGGCUACCCGACCCCCAGUCCUUCCUCUGGGUCCAGCGGCUGGCCGUCACGCCCCGUUCCCCGCUCAGGUAGCCAUUGGAGCCACAGCGUACAGAACUCCGUUACCACACCAUCUUGGCGCAGUCAGAACCACAGCGGGGCAGGCAGCUUCAGCCGGGCCGAAUCCAUCACCUCAUCUCACGGCCUCGGGAGGGACAACGAGCUGAACAAAAGCACCAGAGGUCACUCCUCCACCUCAUCCUCCCAUCACCACCAACACUACCUCCCUCAGCACUACCAACACCACCAGAGCACGCCGCAGCUGUACCGCGACAGCCACGACCGCAAUGCCAGGGACCGCGCUCGGGAGUGGGUGGGUGGAGGGAACCACUACUCCCAUCAUUCCCAGGGUCGCCACCACCUCUCGUCCCACGCGUCCUCACAGUCUCUGGCACUUCUGCCACCGCCGCCUCCUCCGCCACCUAUCUCCCUGUCCUCCUCGUCCCCUCCCUCUUCAGCCUCUUCUACCUCCUCAUCGCAAGGUGGCUACGGAGGCACCAGCCUGGGCGUCAGGGGUCCCAGUCUGAUGGCCCUUCGGAACAGCCCCCAGCCCCUGCGGAGGACGGCCUCCGGGGGGCCAGGUGGCGGGAGUGAAGGAGGGCUCAGUCGGAGCACAUCAGUAACUUCCCACAUUUCUAACGGCUCGCACCUCUCCUACUCAUGAAGCGGCUGCAGCUUUCUCUGAAAACGAACCGGAAACUCACAACAGAAGUAAAAGUCGACCUGUUUGGGGGAGGGGGCGUGGUCACCUUUAGCAUUUCUCCAAGAGAUUUAGUAAAUCUGGAGCUGCAGUUUAUCAAUUAUUAAAAAAAAAAAACUUUAAGUCUGCAGGGACUUUAACUGUUCUUGAUGCAGUAGUUUGGGAAUUGAAGGAAUCACUCGGGAAGAGUGUUAAAACAAAAAA